UAUUGUCGGGAUCGCAAAAUCACAUGCGUAGUAGUAAAACAACAUAGCAUCAUAACACAACCACGAUCGCGUUGGAGAGAGUCGCACCGCGUACUGGCAAAAAGGGAAGCUGCGAUGCGUUAAUAAUUGAUCGCCGUGAACGUGGGACGUUUCAGAUGGGAGCUUUCCAUGUGAUCCAGCGCGUGGCUUUAUGAGAGCAGCUGCAGUCCCCUUCAUAGACACACACUCACUGCCUCUCUGUGCACCAGAAACAAGGACGUCCUUCUUUUGCCUAGAAACCGGAGAUGUUAGAAACGAGCAUUUAAAUCCUCGCUGCAUCCGUACUGCCGAAGUUUCAUUUCUGGGGAGUUAAUCUGCUUUUUAAGAGCACUGAAAUCGCCAUACAGAUCUGACGACAAGGGACUACUUGAAAAGCUUAACCUGAAUGUAAUAUUUGGUUGAAGAAGGCAGGAAUAAAAAGCCAUCAAUCAUGAAUUUUGUUAUGAAGCAAGCGUUGGGAGGGGCGACCAAAGACAUGGGCAAAAUGCUGGGGGGCGAGGAGGAAAAGGACCCCGAUGCUGAGAGGAAGGAGGAAGAAAGACAGGAAGCCCUCAGGCAACAGGAAGAAGAGAGAAAGGCCAAGUAUGCAAAAAUGGAAGCAGAGAGAGAAUCGAUUCGACAGGGCAUCAGGGACAAGUAUGGUAUCAAGAAGAAGGAAGAGAAAGAGGCCGAGGCCCAGGCAGCUAUGGAGCAGGCGUCCGAGGGCAGUUUGACCCGUCCCAAGAAAGCAAUCCCUGCCGGGUGUGGCGAUGAGGAAGAGGAAGAGGAAAGCAUUGUGGAUACAGUCAUGAAGUUCCUGCCAGGCCCACUUCAAGAUAUGUUCAAUAAAAAGUAACAGUUUUGAUCCGUCGUACCGAAAACAUUGUCACGGAAUCUACUUUCUAUUUCACCUUUCUCGUAUUUGUUCUAAGAUCUCUGGACUUGAUCCGCGUGCCAACAUCUGUCUUUAACUGAGAGGUUAAAACAUAUGUGACAUUUUUUUAUAAAAAGUGUGUGCAUUAGAAAUGUUACAUAUGCAUGCUUACAUUGUUUCUCCGUUGAAAGACAAAUCAAAUGAGUCCAGACCUUAGAGCAAAUAUAUCCUUCAUGCUUCAUUUCUUUUCUUUGUAAAUAGCCAAUGAAAAAAGAACUGUAUGUGAAUACAGAUAAAUAUAUACAUAAAUUGAUAUAUAAAAAUAAACACUGACUAAAAGCCAUAACUUUAUCGUGGAGAGAUUUCUCCAGCUCACAUUUUGAUUGUUGCUCCAUGUGCUUUACCUAUAAAAUAGUCUUUAUAAAGUUUCAUUUGACAUCCGUUUAGUGAACUGGUACACAGUUUCAGCCAUCAUGAAUUGUAACAUUUGACUACAGACUGUAAUAUGAAAGAGAACAUAAGUUUAUAGCUUUGUUUUAUUUUUUAAGCAUGCUACAAUAUUUCAUUUAACAGUACAAUGUAUCCCAUUUCAUUCGACAUUUUAGGUGAAACGCAUUGAAAUUUAAGGCAAUAACUUGAUUUUGGAUUUUGUUUGGUGUUGGUCCAUACACGUCUAUGUAGUUCUUCCUAUAAACUAUAUAUAUAUACGUCCCUCAUUAUACAUCAUACUGUACAUACCAGACUGUAAAGUCUGAAUUUGAUCGAUUAAAAUGGAAUCAGAUAUAUUAGCUAAACGGAUCAGCUUGAUGUUACUACAAAUUGACUUCCUUGUGCUUUUGAGAUAGUGCAGAAUGUUAUGGGUGACAUACAACCACAAUUGGAUCAAUAGGGCUAUAUAUUAAUAUCUUCAUUGCUUUCAUCGCUGUACAAUAAAUCAAAGUAUUUAGUGUCUACAUUUAUUUACGUUAGCACUCACAAUGCGUUUGUGAGCAAACGUUACGUAAACAGACAGUGACAAUGGUGCAAUAUUUGUUUCGGAAUGAAGAUGUCCUGUGUCGGUUGGUUGAAUAUGGGCAACUGAACCCAGAUCAGCAAUAACAGACAAUCUUCAUGAGUAUAUAUAUAUCCAGCUUAUUUGCUUGAGAAUGUUUGUGUGCAGACGCGGUGUUGUCUUCCUAGUUUCAGUCUACGAAAUGAGCUUAGUAAACAGAGUAAAGGAGGAUGUUUUUAUUAUUUAUUAUAAGGUCAGCACGGGUCACUGCGUCUCUAAAUAGAGACCGGCUCUUAUUUUUAAGCGGGAACAUGUUGCUGCUUAGCGAUAUAUAUUUAUCUAGAGCUUUCAAAGUUAACCCACGUGAUGUUUUUGUGCAAGUGAAAUGAAAGUUUUCUUGUAAACGUAUGCGUUGAUGCGUUAACUAAUAAAAAUAUUGAUCGACAGCUCUACUUAUUAAGCUUGCUUGUUGCUAUAGUUCACGUAAGGCGCUGUUUUGGUUGUUUCGAACUGAUGAGAAGGAAAACAGCGGGUCUGAGUUCCUCAUUAAUGAGAAAAUCAGAUUUGGAAGAAUUAAACGAAUGUCUCCUUUUUUCUAAGAUUAAAAGUCAUGGCGUACUUGAAUAAGUAUGGUUGUAAGCUGUGAGUAUGGUCCAGCUACUGUAAAUUACUACAUUAUUCAUCAUUGAUUUGCGUAGAUCACAAGCUCAUCUCAAAAGUUUGUGUUAGUGGCAGAUCAUGUAUGUUUAAAUGUCAAAAAUAGGCACAUUUUACUAUUUAGAAAAUUGGGUAUUUGUAUAAUUGCUGCCAUUUUAUUGCUUUGAACAUUCCUGAUAUUCCAGACAUUCCAUUUGGUCCUAAAGAAUUUAUUGGUAAUAUUCAGAUGUAAUUUCAUGCGAAUAUGAGUGAUAAAAUUGUAUUCGGUAAAAAAGGUUAAAAAUGUAAAAGAUUUUUAUAGCACAUUGUCAAAGUGAUGUCAUAGUGUAGCUAUCUGUCCUGCCAACUACAUGCAACAAGAAGUUCAAUAUUUAUUCAUGUUUGUUAUACGAAUGUGCUUACAGAUUCAGACCGUGUCCUUCUAAAGCUAAACAAACUAGCCAGUUGCUAAGAUGCUUCAUUUAUGAAAAACUCAAAUUGGCAUCUUCCUGUAAUGAUGUUUCAAAACUUACUGCCACUGUAGUUACUAUUUCUGUGUUCAUUUGACUUGUACCACUUUUGGAUAUAUGAGAUUUAACUAAAACAUUAGCGUAGGAUAUUAUCUUUAACUAAAUACAUUUUGUGCAAAUACAAUUGUGAGAAUAAAAACAAUGUUUAAAAUCAACCACUGAUCCACCAGAUUCAAUGUGUACUUUAUAUUAUAUACAGUAGGGGAGCACAAAGUAUGCAUUUAAAUGAUUUUUUAGUCCUCGCCGAUGUGAUGUGGUGAAUUUUCAUUGGCUGCACUAAUGUUUAAAAACUGCCUGAAGUCCAUGAUGUCACCCAUACUACCAUUGCUUAUGUUUUAUAAAACCAAAGAGGGUUGGUAAGAUUGCAUUUUAUUGUUAUUUUACCAUUAUUUCUCUUUUGUUAAGAUAUUUUUACAUGACUGACUGUGUUUAUCUCUGUGGGGUUUAGGUUUUGUCAAUGCUCAAAGAAAUGUCUUAAAGGGAUAGUUCACCCAAAAAUAAAAAUAAAAUAUUUCUUGCUGAACAUAAAAUAAGUUAUUUUGAUAAAUAAUGGUAACAAUGCAGUUGACAGCACUCAUUGACUUCCAUAAUAUUUUUUCUGUCAACCAUCAUCUUGCAAAAUAUCUUCAAUUUUUUGGUCAAACUAUCCCUUUAAAGUCUGUGUAAAGUCUGAUACUAAACAUGUUCUCAGUUUGUCACAACGCAGAAAAUGUGUUAUUAACCACCCAGACAAAUUUGCAUGAUAAAAAAUAAGCGUUCAAAUUUUUCUCUGCUCUCAAACGCUGGGGGCGUGUCCCCUGUCAGGGCUGAAACCCCGCCCACUCACGGGAAAGCUUCCGCCUCUCUCAACUUUUAAAUACCUUUACGCCCUGAAUGGAUGCUCGCAUCGUGAUUGUGUUGGGGUUGCAUGUGUCAUCAAGCCAUGAUUUUAAUCUCGCCCCAAAAAAUACUCAGAAAUGGAGAAAACUGUUUAAUGACUUUACACAGACUUUAAUUUCAUGGUUUAAAUGCUUCAUUGGAUACAAAAUGGUUUCACCUACUUAGCAAAUGUUUUUUUUUUAAAGCUGUACCUGUUUAAUUAGAUACUCUGUAAUGAAAAACAUGAAUCAAGACAUUAUUAUUGUAAUAUUCUGAUACUGAAGAACAUCUAUGUAAUCUACUUUUAAAACUCAAUUCCUGAUCAACAUUUAACAUGCAUUCACUCAAUGUAACUCUCUCUCUCUCUCAGAUGCUAUAAGAUAAAACUGCCUAACACAGUAACGUGAUGAAAUAUCCCAUUGUUGUUAUCUGAAUGUACGUGUCUGUUGUCCUAUUGCAUCGUCCUAUGCGGUUUCCUCUGUGUUGAAAAGAGAACGUAUCUCGUUGUAAUUUUCCGUCUGUAAUUUUUCUGUAAGUCUCCUGGUGGUUGUAUUUUGGAAAAAUAUGUUUCUAAUUUAGUGUAUUUCUUUUUAAAGUUACUGUAAAUUCUCUCACCCACCUUCCUCUCUCUUUGUUGAUGAAUUGUAUGCAUGCAUAUGAUCUGUGCACUGUACGUGAGGUUGUAAGUGAUAUUUCUGUGUGUCCUCAGUGUUUACCGAGCGCUUCACCUGUUGGCCUCACUGCAUGCAUCUGUUAUAGACAGAUUUUAGACUGUAACAUUCCUGCCAAAUGGAAUCACCACACACGGAUAAUAAAGUGAUUUCAUAUCAGUU